AUGUUCAAUUCUGUUAAGAAAGAAGAUGGUUUCAAGCACACGUUGUUAACAUAUUGGUGCAUGAUUGAAAAGCUUGGGUUUCAUAUUGAGUUUGAGGCUAUAGAGAAUGUGCUCAUGGAGAUUAGGAUGAAUGUUGAUAAUAGUUUAUUGGAAGGAGUGUCUAUUGUAGCCAUGAGAAAUUAUGGAAGGAAAGGGAAGGUUCAUGAUGUUGUUGAUGUGUUUAAGAGGAUGGACUUGCAUAACUAUGAGCCAUCAGUUUUAUCUUGUAAUGCAAUCAUGAACAUAUUGGUUAAGUAUGGGUAUUUCAAUCAAGCUCAUAAAGUGUAUUUGAGAAUGAAAGAUAAAAAAGAUGUUCCUGACGUUUACACAUUCACAAUAAAGAUAAAGUCAUUUUGUAGGACAAAAGGGCUUCAUGCAGCUUCACGGCUUCUUAACAACAUGCCUUCUCAAGGCUGUGAGCUUAAUGUAGUUGCAUAUUGUAUGAUGAUUGGCGGGUUUUAUGAAGAGAACUAUCAAGUGAUGAAGAAGGAAGCAUGCCCAAAUUUAUUUACAUUUAAUGUCUUCAUCCAAGAGCUUUGCAGAAAAGGUGCACUUGAUGGAGCAAUCAAUUUGUUGGAUAGUGUGAAUGGGGAAGGCCUCAGUCCUGAUGUUGUCACAUACAACACAUUAAUCUAUGGAUUGUGCAAGAACUCCAAGGUUGUAGAAGCUGUGAACUAUCUACAUAAAAUGUUGAAUAAGGGGUUGGAGCCUGAUGGCUUUACUUACAAUCCUAUAAUUGAUGGAUACUGCAAAAUCGGCAUGACACAAGAAGCUGACAAGAUUCUGAAUGAUGCAAUUUUCAAAGGAUUUGUACCUGAUGAGUUUACACAUUGCUCACUAAUUAAUGGGUUAUUCAAGGACAAUGACAUAGACCAUGCCUUGGCUCUUUUCAAUGGGGAAGUGGGGAAAGGAUUAAAGCCUUACACUAGUCUACAUAGAACCCUGAUUAAAGGGCUCAACGAGGACUUAUUUUGGAAGCAUUGCCACUGA